AUGGUAUUGCCCAGAGGACAAGACCACUGGUCCAAUGAAGACAUUCUGAGUUUACUGGAAUCCAUGGAGAAUAAUCUCCUGUUCAAUAACAGUCAUUUGUUUAAAACAACCCAAUCACAUCUAUACUGGGAAAAAGUAGCUUUUAAAGAUUUUUCUGGAGAAAUAUGUAAGCUCAAGUGGUUAGAGAUUUCAGUUAACUUGAAGUUCCAUGCUUUGAAAGAAUUAGUCCUGGAAGCUAAGGAGCACAUUAAAAAUACCUACAAAAGCAAAAACUGCAAGAAACAUCCAGACUUCCCAAAGAAGCCCCUAACUGCAUAUAACCACUUUGUCAAGGAAAACUGGCCUCAGUACUCUCAAAGGAACCCUGAGCUGACCAACCAGGAGCUGAACAAGUUGCUGUCUGAGAAGUACAAGGAGCUUCCAAAGCAGAUAAAGCAGAAAUAUAUUGAGGAUUUCCAAAAGGGGAAGCAAGAGUUUGAGGGAAAACUGGCUCAGUUCAGAAAAGACCACCCUGAUCUAGUUGAGGACUCCAAGAAUUCUGGUGUCCCCAAGAGGAGCCAAAUCAAAACCCAACAGAAGUUUCAGAGAAAUGUGAAAGAAGUGAGGUCUCCUUCAGAAACUGAUGAAUUUUCCAAGAAGAUGAAAUUCCAUGGAGAACCCUGGAAGCCCCCUAUGAAUGGAUACCACAAGUUUCACCAACAUUCGUGGUCGAGUAGGGAGCUGCAACAUUUGACCCUAAGACAGCGGAUGGUGGAGACUGGCAGAUGCUGGCAGCGCAUCCCACAGGGCCUGAAGGAACAUUAUAGCAGCCAGGCUGAGGAGCUACAGAAACAGUACAAGGUGGACCUGGAUCUCUGGCUCAAGAGUCUGUCUCCCAAGGAAUAUGUUGCGUACAAAGAGGCAACCUAUACUAAGCGUAAGAAUAGGCCCACAACAGGAGGCCCAAACCCCAAGUUUAGACGAACCAAUCUGCAGUCCUUACCAGCAAAGAGUCUUCAGGAAGGACUUGGAAAGGAGCAGGGACUGGAGGUUCUGGGGACAGCAUCACCAGAGAAUUUUCAAGUCAAUUAUCAUCCCUCAUGGGGAUCAGAAGAGAAUAAGAAGGAAGACGGGGAAGAGGAUGAUGGCAGUGAAGAUGAAGGUGAAGAGGAUGAAUCUGAGGGCAGUGGCUCCAGCUCAUCUUCCUCAGGGGACUCAGAUUCAGUCUCCAUCUGA